AUUCUCUAAGAAGUCAUUGAGUUUCCCUCUCUUCAUCCUACACCAACAAAAGAAAAACACUUGUUCAUCUCUUCAAGCUCCAUAACCCCUUCAAAUUAAUUUCUUGAAAUUGACUUCUUGGAGCCUAAAAUUCAUUGACUAUUUCCAUUUUGUAGAGAUGGGUGAGAAGACAAAGUUGCAGGUGGGUGUGGUGGGAGCAUUAUUUCUGUCAGUGGCAUCCUCAGUCUCCAUUGUUAUCUGCAACAAAGCUUUGAUGAGCAAUCUUGGUUUUCCAUUUGCAACAACAUUGACAAGUUGGCAUCUGAUGGUGACAUUUGUUACACUUCAUGUAGCACUUAGAUUCAAUUUCUUUGAGAGCAAACCUAUUGACAUGAAGACUGUGAUGCUCUUUGGUAUCUUAAAUGGCGUUUCCAUUGGCUUUCUCAAUCUUAGCCUCGGUUUUAAUUCUAUUGGCUUCUACCAGAUGACAAAGUUAGCAAUUAUACCUUUCACUGUACUUUUAGAAACCAUUUUUUUGAAGAAGCAAUUCAGCUGGAAUAUUAAGUUCUCUCUAUUAAUUUUGCUGCUUGGAGUUGGCAUUGCCUCCAUUACUGAUCUUCAGCUCAAUUUUGUUGGCACAGUCCUCUCUCUACUAGCCAUUGUUACAACUUGUGUUGGACAAAUUCUUACUAACACAAUUCAGAAGAGACUCAACAUCUCAUCUACACAGCUGUUGUACCAGUCAGCCCCUUUCCAAUCAGCUAUUCUAUUUGUGACAGGGCCUUUGGUUGAUCAAUUCCUUACCAAAAAGAAUGUUUUUGCCUACAAAUACUCUAAUGUUGUGUUGGGGUUCAUAUUGCUGUCAUGCCUGAUUGCUGUGUCAGUGAAUUUCAGCACAUUUUUGGUGAUAGGGAAGACAUCACCAGUUACAUACCAAGUGUUAGGCCACUUAAAAACAUGCCUUGUUCUAGGACUUGGUUAUACACUGCUGCAUGAUCCCUUCACAUCAAGAAACAUCCUUGGUAUACUAGUAGCCAUUGUUGGAAUGGGAUUGUAUUCCUAUUUUUGCACACAUGAAACCAAAAGGAAACACCCUGGAGAUCAUUCUUCCAUUCCUCAAGUUAAAGAAAAAGAUAUUGCUACACCACUUCUAGCAGGGAAGGAUGGUUAUCAAGAUAAGGAAAAUCAUGAACCGAAGAAGUUAUCCAAGGAUUCUCUUGUUUAAGUUUUAGAGUUGAGAUGAUCUCUGUCUCAAAUAAAAAGAAUUAUUUGAAUUUAGAUACAUUCCACUUGAUGUAGAUGCUUUUUGGUUCAUUUCAAUAAUAUGCACCAUUUUCCAAGAAUUUA